ACCAAGUAAAAAGUGCGGUUAUGGGUGUAGGAGACGGUAAUGAGAAGCGCAGAACUCUAAAAUCAGUUUGUGGUAAAUGUGAGUCGGAGGUGAUGCACUGGGUUCACUACGCUGCUGCAGGGGAGAUCCCAUCCUUUCCUCCCGGUCUAGAUGAUGCCGUACCUGACUUCAAAGUUAACAAGAGAAUCUUCAUCCACGACGGCAGUAUAUCUGAACUAGAAUGUGACGUCAUCACGCUGAGUUGUUCUAAAAGCAUCGCUCCCACAGGCAUGAAGGCUGUUUAUUAUCAGGCAGGUCCUGAGUUAAGCAGAACUGCCAGACAACUUGGACCAAAACAAGUAACAGAGCUGGUUGAGACAGAAGGAUUCGAGCUGCCAAGUUAUAAUGUAUUUCAUAUUGUGGUACCCCCGACCUGUCACACAACCACGGAAUUUGAACAACUGGAACAAUGUUAUCUCAACAUCCUCAAUACCUUGGUGAAGCAUGGUUACAAGUCAAUAGCAAUGCCUUGCCUAGGAUCUGGAGCUACAACCCAAACCUUGAAAGACAGUUGCGUCAAUGUGCAAUUACGCACCCUGAGAAGAUGGAUGGAUACAAUAGUAGAUGGGAUUCCCAACGCUAAAAGAGUAACGACAAUAAUCUUAUGUAGAUGGAUAGAUCGGGAUAUAAAUGCCCUUGAUCGGUUGUUACAUAAAUGGUUUCCAACUGAUCCACCAAAGGUAACGCAAUUAAAGAAGACUACGACGAAUAAAAAGAAGAAGAAGUAGGAUCUACGAAAGGGAGGACUUAUUUUAUCGGACUUUAUCAGGUCGGACAUUACGUGGCCAAUUUUGCGUCCAUAUUUAAUAUUUAUGUCCGACAAAAUGUCUGUCCACACUCCACAUAAUGUCUGCCCAAAUGAAUUCCGAUAAUGUAAUACUGUAAGAAGAAAAAUAAAGUAUUGAUGAAAAAUAUAUCAUUUUCAUGCAACAAACCACUGAUAUGAUAUGAAGCAUCCAAAUCUGAUAAAGCUAGUCACUACUACUACUAGUCACUAGUCAAUAACGACAGUUUUAUAUGUGGACUGGACGGCAUUUUGGCCUUCUGUAAUUGCACCAAUGCAGUUUUUCUUUUUGUCAUUUUUCUUAUAUAACAAACAUAAACUAGAUAUAUUAUAAUUUUACUAUUACAAAUAUAGAGAUCUAUAAAAUCGACAUAUUGUUAACAAUUGUGAACCUGCGGCUUAUUAAAUACGCAUGAAGUUUAUCUAAU